AUGCUGGGGAAGCAGCGGCAUCCUCCGCUCCUUCGGCUGCGGAAGAUGCUGCGGCAGUGGUCCAGCGGCAGGGAGGAAGGGAGGCCGCCCAGGGAGAGGGCCUUCCCCGGGAUCUACGUUUGCGCCAGAUGCGGCUACGAACUCUUUUCCAGCAAAACAAAAUACGCCCAUUCGUCCCCAUGGCCGGCGUUCACCGAAACCAUCCACAUCGACAGCGUCUCCAAAUACGAAGAGCGCCCAGGUGCCUUGAAGGUGCUCUGCGGGAAGUGUGGCAACAGUCUGGGCCAUGAAUUUCUCAACGACGGCCCAAAGAAGGGUCAGUCUCGCUUCUGAAUAUUCAGCAGCUCUCUCAAGUUCGUCCCUAAAGACAAGAAGAACUUGAGAGAGUAGCCAUCUGUCUCCCGGAGACGCCCACACGCCUUCUAAACCUCCCUGCGCUUAGACGCCGCAGCUCCGGACCGACCGAUUGAGGGAGACCCACUGGUCUGGCCCUUCCGCUCGACUUGGGGGUGUUCGCAAAGGCCGAAAGGAUUCCCGGAUGAGACGGAAACGGGGGCCACUGCCUUCACGGCUUACCGGUGGCGGGUGAUCCCGUGCCACCAGCAGAGAGAGAGAGAGCGCCCCCUUCUGCUUCCAUCUUGACUUCCAUCUCGGGGCCCAGCUGGAUUCAGUCUCUUCUUCCCAGCAAUCCUCUCUCCC